AUGGGAGGUAGGCUUGCGGUUAGGGUAGGUGGGAGGGGGAGGGGGGAGGGAGUGAGGGUAGGUCAGGGUGCGUGUAGGGCGGAGGAGAGCGCUCGGCCGGAUCUCUCUCGCUCUCUCUCUCUCUCUCUCUUCUCUCUCUAUAUCUCAUCGCUCUCUCUCUCUCUCUCUCUCUCAGCGCGCGAUCUGCGAUCGCGAGGUCUCGAUCUCUCUCUCUUUCCCUCUCACUCACCUCCCUCCCUCCCCCUCUCCCCUUCCCACCCCAAGAGGUGCGUUGUCAGUUGGUGGACCAGUUGAAGGUGUUGGACCUGCAGUUGGAGCAGAAAUCUCAGCAGCUUCAAGACCUGACAGACUACCUGCGUAGACGCAGUGAGAUAGAAGGGGAGUAUGCACGCUCACUUGACAAAUUGUCAGAGAGGUUCACCUCCAAAAUCAAAAGGUAAGUUGCUCCAAGCUCUGUCCGUGCUAUGUCUGUUAGUCCUAUUUCUUUUUUUUUUUUUUUUCACCUUUAUUUAACCAGGUAAGCCAGUUGAGAACAAGUUCUCAUUUACAACUGCGACCUGGCCAAGAUAAAGCAAAGCAGUGCGAUAAAAACAACACAGAGUUACAUAUGGGGUAAAAAACAUAAAGUCAAAAAUACAACAGAAAAUAUAAAUACAGUGUGUGCAAAUGUAGCAAGUUAUGGAGGUAAGGCAAUAAAUAGGCUAUAGUGCAAAAUAAUUACAAUAGUAUUAACACUGGAAUGCUAGAUGUGCAAGAGAUUAUGUGCAAAUAGAGAUACUGGGGUGCAAAAGAGCAAAAUAAAUAACAAUAUAGGGAUGAGGUAGUUGGGUGGGCUAAUUUCAGAUGAGCUGUGUACAGGUGCAGUGAUCGGUAAGGUGCUCUGACAACUGAUGCUUAAAGUUAGUGAGGGAGAUAAGAGUCUCCAGCUUCAGAGAUUUUUGCAAUUCGUUCCAGUCAUUGGCAGCAGAGAACUGGAAGGAAUGGCGGCCAAAGGAGGUGUUGGCUUUGGGAAUGACCAGUGAGAUAUACCUGCUGGAGCGCAGACUACGGGUGGGUGCUGCUAUGGUGACCAAUGAGCUAAGAUAAGGCGGGGAUUUGCCUAGCAGUGAUUUAUAGAUGGCCUGGAGCCAGUGGGUUUGACGACGAACAUGUAGUGAGGACCAGCCAACAAGAGCGUACAGGUCACAGUGGUGGGUAGCGUAUGGGGCUUUGGAGACAAAACGGAUGGCACUGUGAUAGACUACAUCCAAUUUGCUGAGUAGAGUGUUGGAGGCUAUUUUGUAAAUGACAUCGCCGAAGUCAAGGAUCGGUAGGAUAGUCAGUUUUACGAGGGCAUGUUUGGCAGCAUGAGUGAAGGAGGCUUUGUUGCGAAAUAGGAAGCCGAUUCUAGAUUUAACUUUGGAUUGGAGAUUCUUUAUGUGAGUCUGGAAGGAGAGUUUACAGUCUAACCAGACACCUAGGUAUUUGUAGUUGUCCACAUACUCUAGGUCAGACCCGUCAAGAGUGGUGAUUCUAGUCGGGUGGGCGGGUGCCAGCAGCGUUCGAUUGAAAAGCAUGCAUUUAGUUUUACUAGUGUUUAAGAGUAGUUGGAGGCUACUGAAGGAGUGUUGUAUGGCAUUGAAGCUCGUUUGGAGGUUUGUUAACACAGUGUCCAAUGAAGGGCCAGAUGUAUACACAAUGGUGUCGUCUGCGUAGAGGUGGAUCUGAGAGUCCUAUGGUCAUUUAGUUGGCAAGACGGCACAAACAGAUCUGGGAUCAGACUAGAAUUGAGAUGGUCUUUGUCUGGGAUCAGGCUAGAGUUGAGAUGGUCUUUGUGUCUCUGAAUCCACUCUUAUGCCAUGCUACCAAUUACAUGUUUCCCAGACACAUAUUAAGCCUAUUCCAGAACUAAAAAACAGUGUUUUUUAAUUUCCCAUUCUAGUAUUUUCCAUUCUAGUAUUUUCCAUUUGUGUAACUCUAUGGUAACCAUGUCUAUGGUUAAACCAUGUCCAUUCCCUGUGCCUCUAUCUUUCAGAAAGGAGCCCUGUAGUGGCCAGUCUGUGGCCCAGUGUUGGCUGGUGCUCUUGGCUCAGACCAGACAGGAGAGCAGAGACCACAGUGGUCUGAGUGAAAUCUGUAGGACCACCCUCACCGAGCCCCUCACCCACUGUCUGGAGAUCACACAGCGACUGGCCAAGAGGGUACUGCUCUAUCUUCAUUUGAUUUAUUCAACCAGGAUAGUUAGCUCAGUAACAUUUGCACUGUUUUCCAGGGAGUCCUGGGGAGUCCUAUUCCUAUCUCUAAUUUCUAACCUCUCUCUCUCUCUCUCUCUCUCUCUCUCUCUCUCUCUCUCUCUCUCUCUCUCUCUCUCUCUCUCUCUCUCUCUGUCUCUCUCUCUCUGUCUCCAUCUCUAAUCUGUCUCUAUCUCUAAUCUCUAAUCUUUCUCUCUCUCUAUCUCUAAUCUGUCUCUAUCUCUAAUCUGUCUAUAUCUCUAAUCUCUCUCUCUAUUGCUAAUCUGUCUCUAUCUCUAAUCUGUCUCUAUCUCUCACCUGUCUCUAUCUCUAAUCUGUCUCUAUUUCUCUAUCUAUAAUCUGUCUCUAUCUCUAAUCUCUCACUAUCUCUAAUCUCUAAUCUCUCUCUAUCGCCAUCUGUAAUCUGUCUCUAUCUGUAAUCUCUCUCUCUCUCUCUCUCUCUAAUCUCUCUCUCUCUCUCUCUCUCUCUCUCUCUCUCUCUAUCUCUAUCUCUCUCUUUCUCUCUCUCUAUAUAUAUAUCUCUCUCUCUCUCUCUCUGUCUCUCUCUCUCUCUCUCUCUCUCUCUCUCUCUCGCUCUCUCUCUCUGUCUUCCAUCUCUAAUCUGUCUCUAUCUCUAAUCUCUAAUCUCUCUCUCUCUCCAUCUCUAAUCUGUCUCUAUCUCCAUCUUUGCCUCUGCCUCUGUUUCAUUCUCUAUUCAUCUAACAUAUUUAUUGGUUGAUCUCUUUAUUUCCAGAGUAAAGAUGUCUGUACGCAGUUACAGGAUGGUCUACUGAAAGUCACCACAGAGCUACAGACAGUAAGUCCAACAUGUGUAGGAAACAGACACCAGUCAACAAACAAAAUAUGGCAUAUUUUCUAAAAUAGGUCACUGUGAAAUGUAAAGUUGUCGUCUUGGUAUUUGCAUGAUAUGGCAUGUUGAUGGAUGUUCUAUGUGUGUGUGUGUGUGUGUGCGUCAAUGUGUGUGUGUGUGUGUGUUUCUCCUGGCUUGCAGGCAUGGAGGACCUACUACCAGUACCAGUCAGAUUAUGUGUCUGCAGAGGGAAAGCUGAAGGAAGCAGAGAAACAGAAACAAGGCGCUUCUAAGAAGAUUGAGAAAGUAAAGAACAGCUCACAUCUCUAAAUGAGUUAAAGUAUGGAGAUCUGUGUGUCUGUGUGAGUCUGUGUCUGUAUGUGUAAUGGCUCAUUCCUAUGUGUUUUUCCAGAGACAGUGUAAAGUGCAGGAGAUUCAGCUGAAGUGCACCAAGGCUCGUAACGACUACCUCCUCAACCUAGCUGCAGCCAAUGCUUCCAUGAACAAGUACUAUCUCCAGGACAUCUCCUCACUCAUAGAUGUGAGUGGUGCUUCACAGCUGCUGUCUGUCUGGCGCCAAUAGGGAAGACAUUGGAUUGUACUGAAAAGUACCAGCCAUAAAACACAAUGACUACAAUACAAUGAUGCGAACUCAGCGGCCUUGUGUCUGCCCUGAGAUUAGAAGGAUGGAAGUUCGAUCCCCGGCCGAGUCAUAUCAAAGAUUGUAAAAAUGGGAUCCGAGCCAUCUCUGCCUGGCACUAAGCAUUAAGGAGAUAGAUUGGGGGUAAGGCCCUGCCAUAGACUAGCGUACUGUCCAAGGGGUGUACUUGUACAUCACACUACAGAAACAGGAGAUAGGUUCCUGCUUCUAUGAGCAGUUCUGGCUCACACAAGCCAAGGUUACUUACAAUACUUUACAAUACAAUGUGCAUCCAACAUAAUAUCUACAAGUAGGGUUGGGGUCAAGUCCAUUUAAUUCAAUUCAGGAAGUAAACUGAAAUACGCCAUGAAAGUGACGCGGCAAGUAGUUUUGAACUUUUGUAGGCUUUUUGAAUGGCCUUUAAUGGGCAAAAAUGUAACGCAAUGCUCUUCAGUGCAAACAUGUCAUAAAAGGUAUCUGGCAGAAGUAAAUGAAUCCACAAACACAAAUAUAAUUGUAUAUUUAUCUUAUAUGACCGCGUUUUCAUGAUAUAAUCUUGAAGUCCAUUCAAAAGACCAUGGACAUUAAUAUGAUGUAGGAACGCUUCACUUGCAUGGCGUAUUCCAAUUCCUAUUUUUCAGUUUACUUCCUGAAUUGACUGUAUUGAAAUGGAUUUGACCCCAACCCUGCCUACAACAUUAACACAUAGGCUUAUCCCAGUGUCAUCUCUCUGUGUCUCUCUAAGUGUUCAGAUGUGGGCUACCACCUGUCUCUGUCGCGUGUGCUGUUGGCCUACCUGUCCAGCCGGUCCUGGUGUCAGCAGAACCUGAGUGGAGGGCUCCAGCAGCUCCAAAGUGCUGUGUCUGGACUGGACCAGAGUCAGGACAGAGACAACCUGCUACAGACACACACCAACACCUUCUGUCUGCCCCUCCGCUUCCACUACCAGCCACACGACGGAGACCAGGUAGGGUGUGUGGGUGGGGGGCUGUCGGUUGAUGGGUUGUGUGUGUGCUUUUAUGUUUGAGAAUGUGAGAGUGUGUGGGCUGUGUAUCUUGAUGUCAUGUGUCUUUGCUCCGACCUGUCUGAUAUCACCUGAUUCUUCCCUGUCCCUGUUCCUCUCAGGUGUGUGAGGUGAGUACAGAGCAGGAGAUUAGGGGUGAGAUGGAGACCAGGUUCCAACAGCUACAAUCUAAACUCACCGUGUUCACCCAGGAAACGGAGGAGGUAAAGUCCAGUCCACCCAAUCAAUCAAUCAAAUGUAUAAAGCCUAUUUUUAAUCAACAGUUGACAUAAAAUGCUUUACAGUAACCGAGCCUUGACCCCCUCAAAAGCUUAAAAUCGAUCUUGUAGUGGAUAAGAUGGAUUCCAUCAUAUUCACUACACACUCUCUCCCUCCUAGGCAGAUAAGACUCUGCGGGCGGCCCGCUCUGCCCUGCUGGAAGGUAUCAGUGAUGAUGACCUAGAUCCUCCACCCUCCAACAGCCAGACCCAGGGCUCCCUGCUCCAUCCCCAGUCCCCGUCUCAGAGCCAAGGUCAGGGGGGAAGUAAUGAGAGCCUGUCCAGCAGCAGUAACAGACCCAGUCUGGCCAGACGCAGAGCCAACCUGCAGGAGACUGAGAUCCUCUACUGUACUGUGAGUCAUUAUUACACUGACCUACACAUAAGGGUCAGGCCAAAAGUAGUGCACUAUAAUAAUGGGGGUUAUGGUAAUGAUGAAAAUGAAAUACAAGGAGAUGAUGGUGGUGGUGAUGAUGACAAAGACAAUGACGAUGAUAAUGAUGAUGAUGCCAAUUUUGAAUUGUGUUUGAUUCUUCUCUCAGAAAGUGAAGGAGUAUCUCUGUAAAAGCUCUCUGGUAUCCAAACUACAGGCGAAACAUGAUCUGCUUAAAGUGGCUGUAGAGAAAGGUACAGCACUAACCACUGCUACAAUACGAGAGCUUGAGACUAUAAGGUUCUAUCUGCAUUUUAGUCAAAAUGUAGUUAUUGACAUAGCCUUGUUCUGCUCAAUGUUCUCUACUGAUAUAGUACUCUAAAUACCCCAAUGUAUGUUGUCAAUUUCAAAAGAAUACAAUAUAAAAAUUGCUGACACCAUUUAAACCAAUGAGGGUUCGGAACUUGUAAUAGCAAUUAUCUCAGAAUAAAAAAAAUUCAGUUAGGACCGUAUAGUCCCGAACUCUCAAAUACACACAAAACUGUUCGACAUGACUUUGUAGUAAAGCCCCAUAUACAGUACACUCAUUGUUGUUCCCAAAUUGCCCAAGUGUCAUUUUGGCUCUUAAUUUCAUAUAAUACAGGUGUUACAGCUAUCCUAAUUGUUGCUUUUUCUUCUCUUCCUAGCUGAAGCAACAAAUGGUCAUCCACCCAGGUAAAGUUACAUUCCUCUUUAAGGCCUUUAUAACAACCUCAUAAGAGUAACAUAACAGCUUAGUGCCACUGUCUUAUACUUAACUGACUAGUGGUGUCUCCUCCCCCCUGUAGAGAAAACUCCAGGAAGUCUGUUCGUGUUAGGAUGAAGGGUCAACCUAGCGUCCAGUUCACCCACAAACUCUUCACUGGAGACAUGCUCUCGUUCAUACAGGUACCAGCCUACUGUUGCUGUCUGUCUACAUCUCAUUCUCCUCCUUAGUAUCCUGAUUUCAAUAAACGUCUCCCUAUAUUCUCAGGCAUCGGGGCAAGAGAUCCCAGUGGUUGUGGAAAGCUGCAUUCGCUUCAUCAACCUCAAUGGUGAGCCAUUAUUGUGCAUGUUUGGUGCAUAUUGAUACUGUAUAUUACAAACAGUUAAUGUACUGUAGCGUGUAUCUAUGAAAGUCUUUAUGUCUGUCUGUCAAUCAAUCCUAUACUGUAGGUCUCCACCAUGAGGGUAUCUUCAGAGUACCAGGGUCUCAGGCCGAGGUCAACAGUCUGAGAGAUGCAUUUGAGAGAGGUAGGGUCUGCUGUUUAUUGGGAUAAAUCUUGUCCUGGAGGCAGCUCUGCGGGGUGGUCACUAGGUGGCCUAGCCACAAAGUAAUUUUUUUAAAACCUAACCCUAAUCUUAACCACACUGCUAACCUUAUGCCUAACCCUAACCUUAAAUGUUUGUUUUUAUAAGAUAUAGCCAAUUUUGACUUUGCGGCUGGCCCAUCUAGCAGAAACCGCUCAGUGCUGCCUCCAGGACAAUAUUCAUCCCAAUAAACAUCAACCUGCUCCUUGCCUGCUGCUCUAGCUGCAUCUAGUACAAACCUGGGUUCAAAGUAUCUGUUUCAAAUACUUUGUCUUUACUGGACUGAGCUGGCCUGGUGCAAUGUAACCAAUGGUAUAGUCCCAAAACUGCAAGCCCAGCCAGGCUCAAUUGAACAGUCAGAGUAUUUAGAAAGAAAGUUAAUAUUAUUUGAACCUAGGUCUGGUGUCUAUGGAAGCCGUAGUCCAGUGCUGUAGUGUUGAUCAUUAAUAAUGGUGGGCAAUGUGCCCUUGGUGUACCCUGUAGGAGAGGACCCCCUGGCAGAGAGCAGGUGUGACAUAGACUUAGUAGCAGGAGUACUGAAGCUCUACUUCAGAACCCUGGAGAACCCUCUCUUUCCUCAGGACAGCACCACUCAACUCCUGGAGUACGCACGUAAGUGUGUGGGUGUGUGAGUGGGGGUUGUGUGUGUGUGUGCGUGUGUAUGUGUGCAUUGGGUAGGUUUUUCAUAUGCUUUCUCCUUGUUGCCCCCAACCCUUCCAGAGAUUGACAACGAGACAGAGAGAGCAGCUAAACUCAAAUCAGUCAUCUCCUCCUAUCCUCCACCUGUCAUCAUCGUCAUGAGAUACCUCUUUGCAUUCCUCCAUCAGUAAGUGUCUUUGUUCUGUUUCUAAAACAUUUCCCACAAACACACACUUGUUUGAGAUUUGUCCAUGUCAUUGUCAAGGGGAACUAACCAUAAACUUACCAGACUCACCACAAAGCCCUUACAAAUGCCAGCAUUACAAAGAAAGCCCUCUGUUAAAAGAAGAGGAAGAGGAAGGAACCUCAGAGAGAACCAGACAUUUGAUUAGAUAGCUCUUUUCUAAAACACACUUAGGGUGUGUCCCAAAUGGCACCCUAUUCCCUAUAUAGGCUCUGGUCAAAAGUUGUGCACUACACUCUUAUUAAAAAAAAGGGUUCCAAAAGGGUUCUUUGGCUGUCCCCAUAGGAGAACCCUUUUUGGUUCCAGGUUGAACUCUUUUGUGUUCCAUGUAGAACCCUCUGUGGAAAGGGUUUUUCAUGGAACCCAAAAGGGUUCUACCCGGAACCAAAAGGUUUCUACCUGGAACCAAAAAGGGUUCUUCAAAGGGUUAGGGAGCCAUUUGGUUCAACUGUGACAUUUCAGCUGUCUUAUUCUGUUAUUCUUAUUCUUCUUGCCCUCUUCUCUCUCUUUCCCCUCCUCCUUCCUCUCUCUUUCUCUCUCUCUCACUCUCUCCCUCCCCUCACUCCCCCCUCUCUCUCUAUCUAUCUCUCUGUCCCUCUCUCUCUCUUUUUCCCUCUCCCACUCCCACUCUCUCUCUCUACCUCCCUCUAUCUCUCCCCCAGUGUCUCCCAGUACAGCGAUGAGAACAUGAUGCAGCCCUAUAACUUGGCCGUGUGCUUCGGCCCCAGUCUGGUCCAAGGGUUGCAGGAUGAUGAUGUCGUUACCCUGCAGCCUCAGAUCAACUCUCUGGUGAAGGGCAUCAUCUUGCAGCACGAGAGCAUCUUCCCCAGCUUGACCGAGCUACAGGGACCGGUGUAUGAGAAAUGCAUGACGCUGGAGCAAGACGAUUGGUGACAGAAAACACACAGAUAAAUGGACAGCGACCUAGACAAACACACACGCAAGUACAUACUCAUGCACACACACACACACUUGAUGGUGAUCGUCUGUGUUUAUUUUGCAGUGAGGAGGGAGAAGGGGAUUCAGAACUCCACAGUAAAGAAGGUGAGAAGGGGCUGGCUGCUAACUUCAUGUGUGUUUGAGAAUCAAUCAUUUGACACAGGGAUAUUGUUUUUCCAUCUAUGCUUUAUGAGAAACAUUCACAGAACUCUUGAUUGAUGUGCAUUGUCCCAGUCAAAUAAAUGUAAUAACUCUUUGUGAUCCAGAGUCAGAGUCAAAGGGAGAGCGAUCUCGAUCCAAUAGCAGCUGCAGUUCCAGACAAUCCCCAGCAGGGGGAAGUCUGUCCCUUGGAGCAAAGUUCACCAUACAGUUCCCCAUGGCUCUACAGGGCAGGUCUCGCUCCCCCGGCUACAUACGCAAAGAGUAAGUACUGUCGUAUAAUCAAACUUGUCUGUACGUGAGUAAAAUAACUACUAACGGUGUAUCUUUAUGAAGGCACAUUUAUUGCUAACUUCACGUUGCUUCACAUUACAAGCCAUAUGAGAGAGAGAGAGAUGCUUUCCUCAUGAACUCCUACAUUCCCACAGGCCCUCAUUAGCAUAUGGCCAAUCAGGAUGCAAUAGGCAAAUAACACCACAAGUACCAUAAAAGAUACUUCACCUAUUACUGUGGUACCUGUACCACUGAGACUUUAAAUCAGUGCCGUUUAAGAUGAGGGAGGACACUUUUUUUUUUCAUGAGCAUGGCCUUUUUUCUAUUACAGCAUAUUGGAUGACUGUUAUUCAAAUUCCAUUCACACAGUUCAAUGUAACAGUGAUAGGUUUAGGCUACUACAUGAUACUCGAAUUCUCCCUAUAUCCAUCAUGAGGCUGGUACAAUCUAGCCUAUGAAUGAAAGUUUACAACGUAGGUGCACACGUCGAGAGAACAAUUUGAGGUGACAGACAUUGACACAUUCAAUACCGCCUUGCACACUCUUGCCUGCAUCUAGCUGAUAUAGGGUGUAAUCAUUAGUCCAACAGUUGCAAACGAGAGUUUCUAUUGGACAAAUUCAGGUAUGUUUAUCCCCAUUUUGUUCCGUUUGUUUCCGUUUAAAAAAAGUUUUUCAACAGAAUCGGUGGAAUGAAUACACCCCUGAUCACACGUAAACACAGUUCACUUUCAUAGCAGCCAUGUUGUAUUCCUUCUCACAUCUAUGUGCUCUCCUCCUCUCACCUUUUCCCUUCGCUUGUGGUCUUCAUUGCACAAUACAUCAGCUGUAUGUGAUCAGGCGAAAAAACCUUUCCAAGCCAAACCAUAUCAUAACCGCUACACACAGCCUACAUCGUUGUCACCAAAUUAGCUAAAGUAACAUCAUAGUCAACAUAGCUAAUAGGACUAACACGUUAGUAAACCCGCUGCAAUCAUGCAGUAACGUUACAGUGUACAGUCAGUAAGCAGUUUAGCACUUACAACGGCGGUCCCCAGAGGAAAUAAAUUAGUAAAACAAAAAGCUUACCUUGACUUCAAAGAGUUCCAGUGUUGUGUUGGAUAGUCAUAGCCAGCUAGCUAACAUAGCAUCCCUCUGUUUGAGCAGGGUGUUUGAGUAGGCUAGACUAGCUAGCUGCAUUUUCUAGUAAGUGAAACUGAAAGUGAAAAAAGAGGACAAAAUCUCUCUCUCUUGCUUCUCCUUCAUUUUGGAAGAAAUUAAUUGGUUCAACUAUUGUCUUUCUCUCUCUUUGAGUCAACUCCUCACCACAUUUUAUGCACUGCAGUGCUAGCUAGCUGUAGCUUAUGCUUUCAGUAAUAUAUUCAUUCUCUGAUCCUUUGAUUGGGUGGACAACAUGUCAGUUCAUGCUGCAAGAGCUCUGAUAGGUUAGAGGAUGUCCUCCGGAAGUUGUCAUAGUUAGGGCUGUGGCGGUCAUGAGAUUUUGUCAGCUGGUGAUUGUCAAGCAAGUAACUGUCGGUCUCACGGUAAUUGACCGUUCAUUAACAUAAACACAUUUAACAUCUCCUGGUUUCCACACAUAGCCUACAAGCCACUGAUGCAGACCUUUGGAACAUCUACAUUUAAAAAAGUAUAAUAAAUCCCAUGUAAUAUAGCCUACACCGUCACAAUAAAUCCAAUAUUUAUUUUAGACAGGUCUAAAGAAGCAUGAUAUGAAGAAAAUGUAGUCUAUUUCAGAAGAACAGUAUAGCAUACUCUGAGUUGGCCUAGUCAUAAUUACUGUGUAGGUCUAUGGAAGGGGGUGAGAACCAUGAGCCUCCAAGGUUUUGUAUUGAAGUCAAUGUACCCAGAGGAGGACGGAAGCUAGUUGUCCUCCGGCUACACCAUGGUGCUACCCUACAGAGUGCUGUUGAGGCUACUGUAGACCUUCAUUGCAAAAUAGUGUAUUUUAAUCAAUUAUUUGGUGACGUGAUUAUAUUUAGUAUAGUUUUAUCUAAAAACGAUAACUGUUUAAAUGUUUAAAAUUGUAAUGAAAUUCACUGAGGAUGGUCCUCCCCUUCCUCCUCCUAGGAGCAUCAACUACUGUAGCCGUAACUUUGGUAGUAACAUGUGUACCAUCUACUCUGCUAUUCACAGGGUAUAUUGACUUUUUAUUGUUGUAGUUUUAGCACUCAUUGUCAUAAGUUGUAGUGACCUAAAUAAGCUUAAGCGGUGGACCUGAAAUAUCUCUCUCUCUCCCCCCUCUCUCUCUCUCUCUUUCUCUCUUUCUGUUUUUCACAGAGCCCAGGACCUGUCAUCCAGUGACGAUAUAACAGUUCAGGUUGACAAGGUCUGACAUGUUUUUCAUUAAGCUAAUAUUUAAUAAUUUAUUUCUGUAAUUACCGGCAGCAGCUGUAGCAAUUACUGUUGUCAUUUCUGAACUCACUAAGCGUACAUAAUAAGAGGUUUGCGACCACGCUAGAGGGAAUCCACUCCGGUCCAGUGAAAAAAACCAUCUCUGUCCUCUUUUUUUCUCUUUUGUCCCCCUCCUCUCUCCUCCCUCAUUCCCUCUUUUCAUCUCACAGGAGGUCUGCCACCAGAUGAGAGCAGUCUUCAAGGAGCUUCUCUCUCGACAAUCGUUCCCUCCUCCUUCCUCCUCCACCCCCUUGGUCACCUCAUCCCGCUCUUCCUAUCUUCCUCCACAGCAGAAGAAAGGAGGGGUCGGGCGCAGAAAUGAAAGACCUGUUUAGAUCAGACCAACUGGACUGGUAGAAAGAAAGAGGGGACCGGAAUAAAUGAAUGGCUAGAUGGAUGAAUAAAUGAAUGAGAGGGAAUGAAAGGAAGGAGAGAGACAAAAGACUUAGACGAGAUGACACAGUAUAGGAUGACAGGUUGUGACAGCAGCCUUUGACAGUGGGAUUACAGAUAGCUGGGUUACAUGAACCGUUGUCAGUUCACUGUUCAGUAUGCGUCUGCUCAGACAGCAGCCUGCAAUGUGAAGCCUGUGAAUGGACAGUCACAGACAAACAGGGUUUGACUUCUACUGUGAAGCCUUUUGUUAGUGUGUUUGAUACAACACACCCCAAUGACCCCCACUCUUAUUUUCACUGUAGGGCUGUGUCCCCAUUCUCCACACUUUUCCCAAAGUGUGCACUUGCACACUCCCCGCCAUGGAUUUGAAAAGCAUUGGAUUAUCAGCAGAAAGGGGAAUCUUGCUAUUGCAAGUGGACAGACAGAUUUUGAUUCCCACUGUGAAGCCUUUUUUUGUUAGCCUGAUCCCAGAUCAGUAUCUGGGAUCAGGCUGUGUUUGAUAGAACACACUCCAGUGACCCCAGUGACACACUCCAGUGAUCCCAGUGACACACUCCAGUGACCCCAGUGACACACUCCAGUGACCCCAGUGACACACUCCAGUGACCCCAGUGACUUUCACUGUAUGCCAAUGCUACAUAAUCAAUGGCAGCUUUUGAGUUGAUAUAUCAUAACUUAUUUUACCCACAAUGACUUGGAAUGUGCACUGCUGGAACUUCAUGAAUGGAGAACAUGCUACUCUUAUAUGAUCAGUGCUGUUUGUAUUCUAUGCUCUUAUGGUUAUGGGCCUAUGGAGGCCCUCUAUGCCCAAUGUGAACACCAAGACAAGUGCUCACUAUCUGAUUUGGUCAGUUCACCAAAGGUUCAUGUUUUGGUAGGCCUAUAAUUAUGGACAUUCAAAGGCCAUAUGGUCUUUAUCAUAGAGAUCCUAUAAGAUAUAUGUUCUAUCCCCUUUAUCAGAUGAAAGUUCAAUUUUAACCUGGACCAGCUCCUGUCUG